CCACCACCACCACCUCCUGCUUCUUCUGCAGCUGCCCAACCUCGCCAGUUCCGACCCACCAGCUCUGCCCUCUCCUGCGCAAUCCUCUUGCUGCCCGGGGCCAGAGCGCGCAGCGCGGCCGCACAGCAGAUGCUAAAGAUCCAUUCAUCCUAUUUUCUUUUGAGAUUCACCAUGUUGAAAGUCCUUUUCCUAACUAUGCUGACUGUGGCACUGGUCAAGUCACAGGACACUGAAGAAACCAUCACGUACACGCAAUGCACUGAUGGAUAUGAAUGGGACCCUGUAAGACAACAGUGCAAAGAUAUUGAUGAAUGUGACAUUGUCCCAGAUGCUUGCAAAGGUGGGAUGAAAUGUGUCAAUCACUAUGGAGGAUACCUGUGCCUUCCUAAAACAGCCCAGAUUAUUGUGAACAACGAACAACCUCAGCAAGAAACACCAGCAGGAGCAGAAGCAUCCUCAGGUGCCACCACUGGGAGUGUAUCUGCCAGUAGUGUAGCAGCCAGUGGUGUAAUGCCCGGGGGUGGUUUUGUGGCCAGUGCUGCCGCAGUUGCUGGCCCUGAAGUGCAGACUGGCCGAAAUAAUUUUGUCAUCCGCCGGAACCCAGCUGACCCUCCGCGUAUACCCUCCAACCCUUCCCACCGGAUUCAGUGUGCAGCUGGCUAUGAGCAGAGUGAACACAACCUGUGCCAAGACAUCGACGAGUGUACGGCGGGGACGCACAACUGUAGAGCCGACCAAGUUUGCAUCAACUUAAGAGGCUCUUUCACAUGUCAGUGCCCUACUGGGUAUCAGAAGCGAGGAGAACAGUGUGUAGAUAUAGAUGAAUGCACGGUGCCUCCAUAUUGCCACCAAAGAUGUGUGAACACACCAGGCUCAUUUUAUUGUCAGUGCAAUCCUGGGUUUCAGUUGGCAGCAAACAACUAUACUUGCGUAGAUAUCAAUGAAUGUGAUGCCAGCAACCAAUGUGCUCAGCAGUGCUACAAUGUUCUUGGUUCAUUCAUCUGUCAGUGCAACCAAGGGUAUGAGCUGAGCAGCGACAGGAUCAGCUGUGAAGACAUUGAUGAAUGCAGAACAUCAAGCUACCUGUGUCAAUAUCAAUGUGUCAAUGAACCUGGAAAAUUCUCAUGUAUGUGCCCCCAGGGAUAUCAAGUGGUGAGAAGUAGAACAUGUCAGGAUAUAAAUGAGUGUGAAACUACCAAUGAAUGCCGAGAGGAUGAAAUGUGCUGGAAUUAUCAUGGUGGCUUCCGUUGUUACCCACGAAACCCUUGUCAAGAUCCCUAUGUUCUAACAUCAGAGAACCGAUGUGUUUGCCCAGUCUCAAAUGCUAUGUGCCGAGAGCUGCCCCAAUCCAUAGUCUACAAGUACAUGAGCAUCCGAUCUGAUAGGUCUGUGCCAUCAGAUAUCUUCCAGAUACAGGCCACAACCGUCUAUGCCAACACCAUCAAUUCUUUUCGGAUUAAAUCUGGAAAUGAAAAUGGGGAGUUCUACCUGCGACAAACAAGUCCUGUGAGUGCCAUGCUUGUGCUCGUGAAGUCGCUGUCAGGACCGAGGGAGUAUAUCGUGAACCUGGAGAUGCUGACAGUCAGCAGCAUAGGGACCUUCCGCACAAGCUCAGUGUUAAGAUUGACAAUAAUAGUAGGACCAUUUGCAUUUUAGCCUUUCCUAAGAAUCCACCACAGGCAUUUAAGUAAGCCAAAGAGUAUCAUUACCUUAAAGCAUUGUUUUAUUUAUAGAUAUAUCUAGUAUAUCUAUAUCUCUAUUCUGUACACUCACUUAUAAUUCAAACAAUUACACCAUGGUAUAAAGUGGGCGUUUAAUCUGUAAAGAUUCAAAGUUUAUCUUUAUGACUAUGUGUAAAUUAGACAUUAAUCCACUAAACUGGUCUUCUUCAAGAGGUCUAAGCAUAGGUUAUUUUCCUGUAAAAAAUGAUACCACGAAAUGAUGGUCUUUGGUGCCUAGGAGAGCCCCACUAACCAUCUCAGAGGAAGCAGUUGUCAUAACAUUGAAUAACAAGCAAGGCAAGAAUGAGUUUUUGAACCACUUUGUAACAAAAUGGAAAAAAGUCAAUAAAAUAUAUUUCUUUAGAAAAAUGGGGAUCUACUAUAUUUGUGUUUUUAUUUGCAUGAUCAGUUUAAAAGUGGUUAUUACAAAGUAAUAACACUAUUGCACUAUAUGUUGGUUUCUUUAGGCUAUUUUAAAUUUUAUCAAAAAUCUUACCAGUAGAAAAAAAUAAGCAAAAAUUUGCCCCACAUUCCCAAAAUAAAACAUAUAACCCCUAAAAAAUAUUCCAUUGGGGGAAUAGCACAUGAAAAAACAAGUAAAAAAAAACUUCUAAACAAUUUUUGAGUUAGCUUGAUGCAGCAAGUUCAGCAAAUAUACAUUUAUGAACUUUGGGAUUGUUACAAAAUGAAGACUAAA